AUGGCUGCUGAAGACGCGUUCGUUAUACCGACGGUCGAUAUAUCGCCGUACCUCGAGGACCCGUCGUCGGAGGCGUCGGCGAGGGUUGUUGAGGAGGUAAAGCAGGCUUGUUCUACGAGUGGAUUCUUCCAAAUCACCAACCAUGGAGUGCCGAAGGAAUUGCGUGAUAGCGUGUUUAAGGCUGCAGAGACUUUCUUCAACCUCCCGCUAGAAGAGAAGAAAUUGAUGCGAGUGCCGGUCUUGAAGAAUAGGGGGUACGAAGUGAUAGGCUCUCAGGCCUUACAAGCAGACACUAAACCCGAUCUUAAAGAGGGCUUCUUCAUCGGGCAACACAUACCAGCCUCAGACCCGCGCUCAAAAUCACACCCCUACCUCAUCGGCCCCAACAUCUUCCCUGCCUCACUCCCAGACGAAGUACUCAAAACCCCCACGGAAACGUAUUACGACGCCGUGUUCGCGCUAUCGUGCAAGGUCAUGGAGAUCCUAGCCCGGGGCUUACCGUACGGUAACGACGUGUUCGUCCCUUUUAUCUCGGGGGACCCGGUAUGCGCGAUUCGACUGCUGCACUACCCGCCCCAGGACUCGACGGACGAGAAGCAGUUGGGCGCUGGGGCGCAUACGGAUUUCGGCGCAAUAACCCUCCUCCUGCAAGACUCCGCCAGCGGUCUCGAAGUCCAAGACCCGGACACCAAACACUGGAUCGCCGUAGCGCCCAACCCGGAAGCCUACGUGGUCAACAUUGGGGACAUGCUAGCGAUGUGGACGAAGAACGCGUAUAAAUCCACCGUGCACCGCGUCGUCAACCGCUCCGGGCGCGACCGGUACUCCGUCCCGUUCUUCUUCGAUGGGAAUACGGAUGUGGAGUUACGCCCUUUUGAUGGGAGUGAGCCGGUGGAGGUCGGGGAAGGGGGGAGGGUGUUGACGGCGGAGGAGCAUAUGCUUGUGAGGUAUGGGGAGACUUAUGGAAGGGUGGGGGAUGCGAGGGCCGUGGUUGCUGUGUAG